AUGGCUUCAGCUGCUGGUUCAGGAUCAGAGGUGGAAUACCUCAAGACUUUGGUAUCUCAACUCCAAGAUAAAAUUCACCAACUCGAGAACAAAGCUUCCUCGACCGUCUCUUCAGCUGUCGACUCUGCCAAAUCCGCUGUUGGUCUUGGUCCAAAAGAUGCUCCUAGAAUGGUAUUGAUCGGUCCUCCCGGUGCUGGUAAAGGUACUCAAGCACCCAACAUCUCCUCCAAAUACUGUAUCUGUCACCUAGCCACCGGUGACAUGUUACGAAGUCAGGUUGCCAAACAGACCGAAUUGGGUAAAGCAGCCAAGAAAAUCAUGGACCAAGGUGGUCUAGUAUCGGAUGAGAUCAUGAUUGGUAUGAUCAAGAAGGAAUUGAGUGAGAAUGCGGAGUGUAAGAAUGGAUUCAUCCUCGAUGGUUUCCCUCGAACUGUCCCUCAAGCAUCCAAGCUCGACGCGAUGUUGAAAGAUGCCAAACAAGCUAUCGACCACGCCAUCGAGCUCAAAAUCCCAGACGCACUUUUGAUCUCUAGAAUCACAGGUAGAUUGGUACACCCCUCUUCAGGUAGGAGUUAUCACAAGGAAUUCAACCCACCUAAAAAACCUAUGACCGACGACAUCACCGGAGAACCCCUUAUCCAACGAUCAGACGAUAAUGUCGAAACUCUCAAAAAGAGAUUAUCGACUUACCAUGCUCAGACCGGUCCCGUCGUGGAGUACUACAAGGGAACUGGCGUAUGGACUCCAGUCGAUGCUGCUCAGUCACCUAAAUUGGUUUGGGGCUCGAUCGCUAAGAUCUUGGAAGGUACAAGGGAAGGUAAGAUGGUAAGAGAGUAA